AGUAGAGGUAAGAGCCGAGGAAAGAUGACGAGGUUAUGAGAGUAAUAACAAACACGAGGAAUUAUUUGUUUAUUUUUUUUAAAAAGAUUGAGUAAUUAGUGUAUAAAUAUAUAUAAAUAUAUGAUGAGUAGCGUACGUACAUUACCGCAAAGUAAAGAAGCAUUACUUAAAUCGUAUACAAUAAGAUUGAAAGAUGAUAUUAAAUCAAUGUUGGAAAAUUUUGAAGAAAUUUUGAAGCUGGGAAAAGGUGAUACAGACUCACAACUAUCGCGAAUGACUCAAUGUGAGCAGGACACCUACGAAAUGCACGUACGGGCUGCUAAUAUUGUACGCGCUGGAGAAUCCCUAAUGAAGUUGGUAUCGGAUAUAAAACAGUACCUGAUUUUGAAUGAUUUUCCAUCAGUAAACGAAGCGAUUGCAACAAAUUCAAAAUUAUUCAGACAAAAACAGGCUGAGUGCGAUCAAAAACUUGCUACUUUGCGUGACGACAUGGCCGCCGAUCUAUACGAUCUUGAAGAAGAAUAUUAUACUUCUAUUUAUAAAUAAUUACUUUUAUUUAUUUAAAUUUAACAUAUAUAAAAACAAAUGUAUAAAUUAUGAGUGAAAUAAGUUUUUUCUAAUUUACUGAC